UACCGUCUGUGACACAACUGCUGCUGGAGUUCCCAGGUAACGUACACAUCAACUUGCCUAGCCAUAUGACGUGGCUAGCCAGUCCUCCAGCACCACCGCCAACAUGAAGAUCUCAACCCUCCUCUGUCUCCUCUUCAUCGCUGUCUCCAGUUGCUCUGGGCUGCGCUGUAUGCCGUGUGGAACAAGGCAUCCCUGCAGUGACCCAAGCACCUUGAACUGUCCCUGGGGCACCGUCAAGGACAUCUGUAAUUGUUGUGACAUCUGUGGCAAGGGACCAAACGAGGCGUGUGGAGGAUCAUGGGACAUGUAUGGGAAAUGCGGUGACUGUCUCACCUGUCAAAAGGAAACGAAAAGAGGUCAAGGAAUCUGUGUUAAGGACAACUCGAAGUGUUGAUGCCAGACGACCGUCCUUCACCCUCUGUCGCUGCCAACUCCCAGCUGGUAGACUGUCAAGACCACCACCUGUUCAUCAGGAUGUCACCGUAACCACCAUCACACUCUCGACUUUUUAACAAGAGCGGUUACCAUGAGAAUUUAAUUCUCAUUACCAUGAGAUUUUACUUCCAAUUUACUAUAAAUGAGAUCUAAGCAUAAAUAAAUAGCAUAACAAUAUAA